ACUCGGGACUUACAACUUACGAGCAAAGCGUAAAAAAAAAAAUAAUAACCGUACUCGUAGCUCGUACUCGCGGUCGUCAGGAAAACACUCGCCAGAUCCCAGGGACACUUGCGAUUUUAAAAACUACCAUGGCUGUACAUCUUUGUAUAGAUUGGGCGUCGCUAUGACGCAAGUACAAGGUGCGCGAAAGUCGCAGUGAUCUGGCUCUCGAUCUCAACUCUCAACAUUAUUAUUAUUAUUGUUAUUAUUAUCAUUACUACACAUAUAUUUAAGUUUAUUUAAAUUGUGUACUCGCUGCACGGCAAUGGAGUCCAUCAGAAAAUGGUUCUACAGACCAAAGAGAGACGACACAAGUUUGCUGGCUCAGUUUUUCUACGCUAAUGAGGCACUUACAGCGGUCGCUUGCGAACUUGACUCAUUUGAUGGUCGUCAGGAGCCGGAGCGUUGCACGACGCUGGUGAACCAGCUGCGACAUUGCCAGGACAAAGUUUUGACGAUAUGCAAUCAAAUAAUGGACGAGCUGAUACCGGACAGCCGCGCAAAUCGGGACUUUCGUGUUAAAUUCCCAGAUGACGUUAUGCAGGAAAACUUAGCGGGUCAGCUCUGGUUCGGCGCCGAGUGUCUGGCCGCAGGGUCUUCAAUAAUGAACCGCGAAGUUGAAAGCUCAGCGAUGAGACCUUUAGCCAAAGCGCUCACUAAAUCUCUGGAAACGGUACGGAAUCUUUUGCGAGAGCACGCGCUCAAAGGUCACAUGAAUUUGAAGGAACUAUUCCAGGUGCACAAUCCCAUGGAGACGGAAAAAUUAAUAGAGUCGCUUAAAAUAUUCGACAGACUAUUUGCUGAUUUCGAGCUCUGCUACGUUGCGGCAAUGGUACCUGUCAAGUCGACGAAGGAGUACGAGCAGCAGGAAUUAGUUUGCGUUUUAUUUUCCGAAACACUGCAGCGAGCACUCGAACGUGGGUUACUAAAUCAAGCCGACGUUGAUAAUUACGACCCAGCUCUAAUGUUCACUAUUCCGAGACUCGCUAUUGUUUCGGGUCUUCUAGCUCCUCCUGGCGGACCUCUGUGCCUCAAUUCUGCUGAUACAAUCAGCGAAAUGUUUAGACCAUUUAGAAAUCUUUUGUUGAAAAUCCGCGAACUUCUUUGGACGUUGAAUAACCGCGAGCUGUAUAUGUUAGAGAAGCUUCUGUGCUCAAACGAAGAGCCGGCGGUGCCAAUUUCACCGUCGACCCGCAGUGCGUGCCAGCAGGAACUCGAAAAAUUCGUCCAUAAUUUUUACACCGACUACCCGAACUGUAAAAAUUUCGUCGUGGAUUUUUAUACCGUUACUAAAAAUAAUGGUACUAAUAUGGAUGAGGUUGCUAAUGACGUAGUCGAAAUAAUGACUCAGGAGAGUAAUGUUAAAGUUGAAAGGAAACUACAGCAGGCUGUAUCUGUAUCGGGUAACAGUGAGAAUGACGAUAAUCACCGUACUAUUAUUGCCACAACAGUGGCAACUUAUCCACACAACUACUCGUCAUUGUUAAAUGGAGGAGAAUCAAGUUUGCGAGUAGUAAUUGAUGAUGAUGGCGAUGGUAAUCCCGGUCCCGAUACCCAUCGUCAUAUUAAUCAGCAAGAUCAUCAGCUGGUAAUUAAUACCGUAAAUCGAAGGGAAAUAGAUGCCUCUGUGUCGGCGGUAAAUGAGGAUCAAAGAGCUGAUAGAUUACGUCAAAAUGGCUGCAGACUUACAGCGCAAUUAGUUUGCGCUAAUGCUAAUACCGCAAAUAGCAGUAGCCAACAGUCAGAACAAGGUGACUGUAAUUCGACGGAGUCACAGUCCUUGGUCUACGUGAUAAAUUCAAAAGAUUCACAUUACACUGAGAGUAAUGAGUCAUUGGUCGGGGAGAGUGAUCACAUUGGGAAUAAAAGUAAUGAGAAUACGGAAGAUAAUUUUUACAAUAACGUUGAUAUGUCGGAGCAGAUUAUUGGCAGUACAAAUGUUAAUGUUAAUGUCAAUGUUGAUUUACCACAAACUUAUCUCCUAGAUCAAGUUACGCAUGACAGCGUUACGGAUAACUCUGCUGUUGAUAUUGAAGCCAAGAAACUUAUCUCCGAAGCUAACAAAACUCUUUCAAAUUUAUUGCUGGAGAGAGAUUGUGCUAAUGAAAUAUCUGAGCAAACUGACUCGGGUAUUUGUACGGUAAUAUCUUCGGAAAAUACCAGUUUAUAUGAUAAGAGCCCGGAAGAAAAGAAAACUUUUGCUAAUGAAAUCCAAGUUAAUGAAGAGCUGGAGGAUGAUGAAAAUAUUAAAGAUUUAACUUGUACGUACGUAUGUUCAACUUCGGUGGAACAGAAGGUUUCCAAUGAUGAUGAGUCAUGUACUUGUCCACUGAGAUGUUCUACGUUCGAUAAUUAUAGUUGUAAUUGUAAUUGUAAUAGUACCAGUACCAGUAAUUGCAACAGUACUAGUAAUUGUAAUGGUAAUAGUAAUAAUUGUAGUAAUAGUAAUAGCGAUACGUCCAAAAUAACCAGUAGAAUAUCGUCAAAUUUUAAUGGCACGAAUGAAGAAUUUAUUGGUCGAGCUUACGGUAAUGGACAGAUGUCUGUAUGUGAUUCAAAUACAUCAUCAAUACAAAUAAAUUACUCGGAUAAUUGGGAAAAUUUAAAUUUAAACAUAAAUCCAACUACGGCGACGUCGACAAAAGAAUUCUGGCAGGAUAUAAAAUGUAAAAAUUGCCCGUCAACGUCACACAAUCAUCAGAAUAUCAAUAAAAUAGGCAGCAAUAUUGAUCGAUACGCGCAACACAAAAUGUCUGUUCGUAAAUCUAAAGAGAUAAAACUUAAAAAACGGCAGCGUAAAUUUGAGCGCAAAAUUAUCAAGAAAAACCACAAUAGCAUGCAGGAAAAACUUGCGUACAAUGUUUCUGCUGCUUACAAUUUGUCCCUGAGUACCGAGAGCUCAAGAUCUAACUCCGUUGAUCGAUGUGUCAAUCCACGACUCACCAGUUACGGGGGUUCGCUUCAUCCCACGCAAAAUAACAUGCGACAGAUGCCAAAUUUUAGUAACCACCACAGUCCUCAGCGGAGUAGUUCGCGGUUGCAUUGUCAGUUCGAGUCGCGCACUGACAUGUCACAGAAAAAUCACAAUCUCGGGCAACGCAGUACUAAUAUAUCGCCCCAGAAUCGUAAGCUGCUGGAUCACCGUAGGUCCAGAGCUGAGCAAAUGACUAAAAUGCGUAAAAAAGACAUUGAUAAACAGCGUAACUGCUGUGAUUAUCCUGCAAGUGUACAAAAUGAUAAUAUAACCCGGGGAACAACGAAUUUUAUCGAUAAUAAUAAGAAAGAUGAAAUGCCGAACGAUGGACUCGGUCGUAGGACAGACAAAAGCGGGCUGAUUACCGGUGACCAAUCUGGCUCUCCCGAGGCUGGAGAUGAUGGUGGCGGUGUCAGCGACAGUCACAGCUGCCAAUUGCAGUGCACUAGAGAAAACAAACCUGUUAAAUCACCAAAAAGUUGCUGUACUGUCGUAGGAAUCACAAAAAUUCCACCGUCAAUAAACUUAUCUCUGAUACCGCGAGCUAACGCCAACGUCGACUCGAGCUCCAGCUGGUCUAGCUACGGAGACUCGAGCUCGGAGACGAGUGAGUUCCAGAGCGACUGCCAGGACGACGAAGAAAUAGCUCUGGCAAUGCAGGCUGCAGAAAUAGCCAACAGGAAUCAGAUUAGAGCUAAAUUCCGUUCUUCCGAGGAUCUGGUUCAUCGUCUGUUUGUCUGCAUUGCCGGUGUCGCUGAUCAGCUGCAAACAAAUUUCGCUUCUGAUCUACGUAAUAUUUUAAAGUGUGUCUUCCUUAUGAACAGCACCAGCGGUCCCGGGGAUGCUGACCAGGAAUCAGUUGUUACAAAAAAUAAUAAUAAUAAUAAUGAUAAUAAUAAUAAUAAUAAUUCUAUGUCUGAAUCACAGUCGCCGACUGAUGAUAAUUUACAUUCCACUGAAAUAAUAAAUAAUAGUAAUAGUCUUGAGAGACAAGACUUGAAUCAAGAGGAUGAUGAUGAUCCUGAGGAUGAUUCCAUAGCGAGUAUAACUAACGACACAAUGUGUCCAAUAACAACAGAACGAGGAGAAGAGUGUGUGGAAAGAGCCCCAGCUUGGAUACCAGACAACGACGCCCCGCGAUGCAUGGCCUGCCAGGCCGGGUUCACUGUCGUAAGACGCAGACAUCACUGCAGAAACUGCGGAAAAGUAUUUUGUGGGCGUUGUAGCAGCAACAAUGUCCCAUUACCUCGUUACGGACACACUAAACCAGUCAGAGUCUGCAACAGGUGUUUUCUCUAUCAAGUCACGCCAUUUACUGUUUCUCAUGUCGCCUCCACUAGCUGAAUAGUUCUUUCAUACAUACCUUUCAUAUACAUAACUUCUCCUUCCGAUGUUUACAACUAAACGCAUAUAUAUAUACAUAUAUUUUUUUCGUGAAACGACUUUUAAUUGUUAUUAUUUUAUCAACCGUACACAUCACUCCUCAUUCUUUGUUAUUAUUCUCCAUUGUUUUCGCAAUUAAAUCAUUGUUAAAUACUUUACCUUGCACAGAUGUACAAAGAUAUAUUAUUAUUAUUAUUAUUAUUAUUUUUUUUUUUAUUACUAAAGACACGCAGAUAUUGUUUACGUGCGCCAAAUAUUUAAAGACAAUAAAUUUUUUAUGUUUUAUUAUUUUAUUGAUACUAAUUUUUGAAAAUAAAUUAUCGUUUUUUUUUUUUUUUUUACAAUUAAGGUAAAAGAUCUAGUACCCGAUUAGGAACUAGUACUUGAUCACUCCAUGUACUUCUGUCUAUAUUUAGUAAAUAUAGAUAUAAAAAUAUAUGAGUGAUCGGGUACUGGGUCUCUUACCUUAUAAUAGACAUGAGAGAAAAUAUAUAUAUAUAUAAUUGUUCGCAUCUACUAAACUAUGUAUGUAAAUAAAUUUUUUUCUAUUAAUAUAAGAAGACUGUUUAAUUAUUGUAUAUAUUUAUAUAUAGUCGGACCUCGUUAUAAGACUCAUUUUAGGUUUUAUUCAUGUAUUCGGUUGAACUCUUCUAUUAUACAGUGAAUUUAUUUUAUGUAUAAUCAUAAACAUAAUUUUGUCAUCCUUUUAAUUAAUUAUUAACCACAAAAUUUUAAGUAUUCUUUAUAAAAAUAAAUUACUUGGUCUACAAUCUAUGAAGUAAGAGACCCAGUAUCCGAUCAGGGAACUAGUACCCAAUCAUUCAUGUAUUUGUAUAUAUAUAUUUACUAAAUAUAGAUAUAUAAAUACAUGGAGUGAUCGAGUACUAGGUCUUUUACCUUAUAUAUAUAUAUAUAUACAUAUAUAUACACUAGGCCUAUAUACUUAUGUAUAUACAUUUUAUCUUGAUUUUAUUCGUACUGUUUGCAAGUCUUAUAGCGAGACUUCGGUAAAAAAUUUUCUUUUUUUUUUUUUUUUAAUUAAGGGGGAGAGUCUUAUAGUGAGGUCCGACUGUAUAUAUAUAUAUUUAAAUAUUAAAAUAACAAUGAUAUAUAUUAAUUGCAGACUUUAUUUCAUAUAUUCCAAAUAAUAAAUAAUUAAUUAUUAGAAAGUUGAUAUUUUAUUAAUUAUGUGACGCAAGUCUGAAUACUUAUUUAGUUAUAAACGUCAUGCGCUCAACCCAACUUGAAGUGGUUAUUAAAAAAAAAAAUUAAUUAAUUUAAAAUGUAUAUUAUAUUAAAUAAUUAACAGUUGCAAUUUGAAAAUGUUAUUAGUUAUUAAAAAAAUUAAUUAUUAUUUUUGGUGAAUUAAAAUUAGCUGUCGCUGACGCUGCUAUGCACUUUUUAUUGUUGUUAUUAUUACUAUUAUUAUUAUUAUUAUUGUAAUUAUGUGCGAUAAUUGAAAUUUUAUUAUAAUUUACGAUACAUAGAUAUAGAGUACUGUCAUUAAUUAUAAAUAUCGAAAUUGAUCCUUUUGUGCCUGUUAAUGUUGGCCUAAAUAUAUCCGUGUAUUUUAAAAAAAAUAUUUCAAUUUAUUAAUAUUAUUAUUAAUUAAUUAUCGUCGGUAAUUAAAAGACAUGUAAAAAAAACUU